AUGACCACGGAAGAAGAGGAUACGUCUUACAUAGACUACGAAACCUUCCUCUCCCCCUCCUUCUCCCCCUCGGCAUUCGCAAACUCCCUAGUCCUCACUACCAACAACCCCACCGACACUCCACUCGACCUCUUGACACCCCUUUCAAGAGUACUCUUCGACGCCCAGGAGAUAAAUACCCAUAUUGACACCCUCACCACCAAAAGCGCACUUCCUCUCCUCACACAUACACAAGAACAAACAGCAUCGAGCGCGCGAAUAGUACAAGAGAUAGACUCGCAGGUGGCGAGCUUGAAUGAUGGAUAUAAGAGACUGGAGAAGGAGGUUCUGGUGCGGUACGAGACAGCUGAGGAGGUGAAGGCUGUGGCCUCAAGAUUAUGGGAAACGGUGCGAUUGGGGCGGUCAGUAGGACGAUGUCUGCAACUAGGACGACAAUUGGAGAUUCAGCUUGCUGAAGUAGCAGGGACAGGAAACCCAGUCAAGACACAAGGGCAAAAGGAGGAUCACAGAGCCCUAGUAAGAUGCUCGAAUACAUUACUCAGUCUACGCGAACUAUUUUACAAGAAUGGACCAGGAGAAGAAGGACAUGGCAUGGAACGGGUGGAAGUAAUACGGACAUUACAAAACACAACCAUAACCCCCGCCGAACGAGUAGUGCUCUCGAAAUCCCAACAAAUCAUCCGGGAGUUCUCCAUGAGCAAUCUCUCAACCGGCACAAACACAACAACAUACGCCCAAACAGCCGACACCAAAUCGCGCACCACGUCCGCGCUACUCUCCCUCUACCUCUUAUCCCCUGUCCCCGAUGCCUCCAUGACGAGUAGUAAGAAACUGGAGAAAUGGGAGCCGGAAUUACUGGUACAAUCGUUGCAAGAUUACCUCCGCACAGCUCUCACCUCCUCGCUCGCAUCCCUCUCCCGCGCCCUAGCCACGCUCCCCACCCUCGACCGCACACUCCUCGAGAUCUCUGCGCGCUGCCAAAACAUCCUCGCCUUAUCCUCCCUUCUAUCUACCACCGUCCCACCAACGCAUCCCCUUCUUCCAUCUCUUCCUCCGCCACCCAACUUCCUACAACCCUUGUUAACGAGUCUGGAGACCGGGUCACUAGCGAGUUAUUUCUGGAGAACGUUAGCAGGGGGGUUGAGCACGAAGGUUAUGGAGAUUAUGAAUAGAGGUGGUGUUAGCGCGCGGACGUUGAAGAGUAAUCGGAAUGGGGUUAGGGAUGCGAUUAGGGAGUGUGUGGUUAGGGGGAGUCAGGCGCCGAGUGGAUUGGCGGAGAAGGAAAGGAGGGGUAUAGAAGGGAACUGGGAGAGGGAGGUUGCGGUUAUGGUUGGGAGUGUUGUGGGUAGCUUGGGGAGAUGA